UGCUUCUUCAUUCAUAUCAGAGUCGUUUGCAAGCUUCUCAGCUCUUCUACUAACCAAUACAUAACCCUUCCAGAACUUCCAAAUGGCCCGUACCAAGCAAACGGCUCGCAAGUCCACCGGCGGCAAGGCUCCCCGGAAGCAGCUAGCCACAAAGGCUGCUCGGAAGUCUGCCCCGGCAACCGGCGGAGUGAAGAAGCCCCACAGGUUCAGGCCAGGAACCGUGGCUCUGAGGGAAAUCAGGAAGUACCAGAAGAGCACAGAGCUUCUGAUCCGAAAGCUCCCCUUUCAGCGUUUAGUUCGUGAAAUCGCUCAGGACUUCAAAACUGAUCUGAGGUUCCAGAGCAGUGCGGUUUCGGCUCUUCAGGAAGCGGCUGAGGCUUACCUGGUCGGACUCUUUGAAGACACUAACCUCUGCGCUAUUCAUGCUAAGAGGGUCACCAUCAUGCCUAAGGACAUUCAACUUGCUCGAAGAAUCAGAGGCGAAAGGGCUUAGUUUUAAACCUCGCGGUUUUUUUUUUUGGUUUUAGGGUUUGUGUGUUUUUCUUCAGUCCUUCGUAGUUUUUAUGUGUGCAUCUUAGAAUCUGGAGUUGGUGACUUCUUCCAAUGACACACCCUUGUGUACUUAAUCAUGUCAGAUAAUUUUGAUUUUCAAAUAUUUGUCUCU